GAUGGGGAGGUGUACUGCAUCGAUGCGCGCUUCUACGGGAACGUCAGCCGCUUCAUCAACCACCACUGCGAGCCCAACCUCGUGCCAGUGCGUGUGUUCAUGUCCCACCAGGACCUGCGCUUCCCCCGCAUCGCCUUCUUCAGCACGCGCCUGAUCGAGGCCGGCGAGCAGCUGGGGUUUGACUACGGAGAGCGCUUCUGGGCCAUCAAGGGCAAGCUCUUCAGCUGCCGCUGCGGCUCCCCCAAGUGCCGGCACUCGAGCGCGGCCUUGGCCCAGCGGCAGGAGGCCCAGGAGGACGGCCUGCCGGACACCAGCUCCGCGGCAGCCGCCGACCCCCUAUGAGGAACGGCUGGCCUGUGGCCUCGGGACAGAACCCAUUCGCAUCGUGUUGAGGAGGAGAGAUUUCGCGACAUCCGAAAGGCCCUGGCAGGGCUGUGCUGCCAGCUCUCGUGGGGCCAGAGGUGAGGCCGUGAGUCGCUCAGAGGCCUGCGGGCAGGUGUGGACGCCUCCUAGCCGCCUUUCCAGACCUGAGGCCUCGCGGCUGGGCCAGUGCUCAGGCAGGAGUGGGUGUUUUUGCCCGUGCACCUUGGAGGAGCUGGGGCCCUCGGGGCGUCACCUGUGAGUGUCUGAUGAUGGUUGGUCGCUGCGCGGUUUCUGUCCUUCCUCCGGUCUCCGAGGUCCCUGCUCCACCACUGGGUUUGCUGGUUUUCCUGUCUGGCCCAGACUUCUCCGUGUGGCACCGCCAAAGCCGCCGUCACUGCAAGCUGCUCCGUUAGACCCGCCUGCCCACGGCCUGCAUGGUGGGUGCUGGUGCCCGGGUGCCACGGGGAGGACACUGUCUCCUGUCACGGGCUUAAGAGGUCCAGCAGCCGACCCCGCCACUGACUUUGAGAGGACGUGGGCUUGCUUUCUAAAGGAGUCCUCUACCCAGCCCCAUAUCCGAAUCCUCUCACUGGCGUUUCUUUCGAGGGGGUGGCGUGGUAAAGCAGGCGGACCCCACGCCAGCCCCUGCCAGUUCCCUUGAUGCUGGCACCUUCUGUUGAUUUUUUUAAAGCCACAUGCUAUGAUGAUGAAUAAACUGAUUUAUUUUCUACCAUUACUGAACAUUAGGACAAACAGAAAAUAAAAAACACAAAACACAGACAACGGUGCUGAUUCUGGUGUGGUUUCUACUCACCACGUGAAAAUAAACUAUCAACUGUAUAAAGAGAACAAAGUGAUUUUAGAAUAAAAUGCAGGAAAAACUUUUUUAAAAAUGUUAGUCUUGUAGUGUGAAUAAACUUGCCACCACCUUUUGUGUGGUGGCCUGGCAGGUCAUAUACUUUUUUUUGGCAUAUACCUUUCUAAAUACUGUAAUUAGUGCAGUAACAGUGGGGUUUUUUUUGUGCGACUCUUCUGAAACAUUCAUAAUGCAGUCAUGUUUAUUUUUUUCUGUUAAAAUGUUUUUGACAGUUUUAAGAGCAGUCUUUUGGCUCAGACCAUUUCUUGUUCUGUUUUCAAUGAAAUCAAUAAAAAAAAAGAAGUACUUUA